AUGAAGCUCGCCAGCUUCUUACUACCAGCCAUCGCUGGCCUGGUCUCGGCGAGCCCGCCAGAAGCUGAGGCCUACAUCCUCCAGUCGCGCCCUUCACAGCCCGGCAGCGCGCCCUCGAUAUCCUCCCUCGUCGCCCAGUCCAUCCUGCACCAGCGGCUCGGCCUCGACCAACCCCUGAGCGACGACCUCGACGAGCAGGACUACCACACCAUCCACCGUUUCGGCAAGACCCCCCAGCGCCUGUUCGCCGACGCCGCCAGCCAUGGCCCGCAUCAGCUGGUCGUCCUGGUCAGGAACGCCGAGAGCGACAACACCAAGGCCUUGAAGAAGGCCGUCGCCAGCCAUGGCCCCGCCUUCACUGCUCCUCAUCUCGGCCGCCUACCCUCGAGCUACCUGCCCCAGUGGACGAGGAAACAAUGCGCCCUCGAGGACGCCCUCGAUAUCGCCAGCCGCAAGUGCUGGACACACGGCCCCGUCCUCUACCUCGAGUACGACGCCGCCAACGACCAGAAGGACCUCAAGCUUCUGUCCCAGAGCAUCGCCAAGCUGCAGUCCGCGGCCGAGAAGAUGGAGACGGCCAUCAUCCUCGUCCCCGCCGGCGCCGACGAGCUUCGCCGCCGCGAGUUCGAGAUCGAGCACGUCUUCAACGAGGCCGCCGACUUUGCCGCCACCGGUGCCGCCGCCGCCGCCGCCUCGUCCUCGACCUCUUCCCCCGCCAAGGACCAGUCCUUCAAGCCGCACCCCUUCGUGGCCGCCAAGGGCCCCAUCCAGGCCUGCUACACCUCCCUGAACGCCUGCGAGACCGCCACGGGCGGGUGCAGCGGCCACGGCGAGUGCCGCAACAAGUUCGGCAAGGAUGCCGCCUCGGCCUGCUUCUCGUGUCACUGCCAGAAGACGUACGGCGGCGUCGGCGGUCAGAGCGUGUGGUGGUGGGGCGGCGCCGCCUGCCAGAAGCAGGACGUCAGCGUCCCUUUUUGGAUCUUCACCGGCUUCACCAUCUUCUUGGUCGGUGCUGUCGGGUUCAGCAUCAGCCUGCUGUUCAGCGUUGGCGAGGAGAAGCUGCCGGGUGUGAUCGGAGCUGGUGUUUCGCGGGGGUCCAAGUGA